GACGCCUAUCAAUGUGACCACUACAGUUCCAAUAACAACAAGCUGAGCAGAGAGUUUAUUGCUUUUUUCAUCAAUUACUCAUGGUUGAUGGAGGUUCUUCUUACCUUCCCUGACCCUGAUCCAGAAAUUCUCAGUCUGCCAACAUACAAAAAAUGUCUUGCACCUCCAGCUGUGCUGCUAAAGUGGUCUCAACAUCAUCUACAGAAGCAGUUCCAGUUUCUUCGUCAGCUGGAAUGAUUUUGCCUCACGACAAUGACAACAUCACUGUCGUCAAGGAACAAGACGCUGGUGAGCAUCUGUUUAGCCGCACUGUCACGAAUACAACAAUUAUGAGUGCUUCUCCGUCUGCAAGAGAGUCUGUGAUAUCACAAUCAACAUCUUCUACUGCUGACGAGGUCGAGCAGGACGUGUUGGAACAUGCACAUGGAGAACAAGAGGAACAAAAAUGCAGAGGAACAACAUCUGCUAGCACCACAACGGCUGCUAGUCCCUCUUUAAUAUCUUCACCGUCACCUCCCUCUUCACCUUCAUCUUCCUCUUCUUCCUCUGCUCACCCCAGACACAAGGACACGUGGCAAAGCAAUUUGGUUCAAACCCAUCCUGCAGUCCUUACGGAGUUUACACGGGAACACGAAAGUUCAUCCUUCACCAUUCGCGAGUUGAGGAGUGGCCGGACCGGCAUCCGCACGUGGCCAGCGUCAUUGCAGUUACUGGAUUAUCUCACGCAGCAAGAGGAUGGAGCCCGACGAGUCCGCGAAUCCGCACACAGUUGUGGAGGGGACGAGAACUACGAAAGGUCCUUUUUUGAUUGAAGAAGCGUAAUCUUCCCAUUCUAUGUUGAUCUACUUCAAUUUUUCAGUAUCAAGUAGGCAUUAAUAGCGGUACAUUUGGUGUGCACGACUUCGUUUGUCUCAAUAUCAAAAUAACUUACUUACUCGAUUUCAAAAUCACUAGCCUCCAAACAACAUCAUAAUUAAGGCCAGCCCAGCAACGAAGAGUUCUGGAGCUUGGAACAGGGGUUGGCGUGGUUGCAUUGGGACUGGCCAAACUAGGGUGUUUUCGUGAAGUGCUAGCGACAGACCACGAUAAAGCGACUUUGCGGAACUUGCGGUUCAACGUGAAUCAAAAUCGAGCCGCGGCGUCAGUUCGAGUGAAGCAAUUAGACUGGGUGUCUGUGCAGAAAUGUGUAGGUGCAGCUUCCUGGGGUACUAGGUGGAGUGGUGUUGUAGGAGAAACAAGUACAGAUCGAAGUCAUGAAGCUCAUGAAGUAGGCGGUGGAUGUGAUGUGAAGACGUCAAGAACAUCUUCUUCAUCUACUUCUUUAGCACCCGGAAGCGUUGAGGAUACUAGCGUUAGCGAAAAACCUGUACAACUAGUUGCUACAGAGCCAGGACAACAGAGCGACGUUGACGAGGACAUCUUCGACGAUGACUUUUUGGUUCCUACUUGGCGCAGAGACGACUGUAGCGACUCCGAGAAGGAAGAAACGGGGUCUGUGGACAGUGGAGAAGCGCCAGAGGCUGCGGACGAGACGACGAAAUUCCGGGCGUCUUCACAAGCACACAAAGACCAACUACUAGUAAAGCAACGACAACACCAAGAGCAUUAUGAUUUUCUCGUUUCCGAAUUAGAAAGGGGAUCGUUAGAUCUCGUAGUCGGCAGCGAUCUGCUCUAUGAAGACACGGAGGAACCACUCCUAGCUGUGCUUCACCUCAUCCUGACGCACCCACCUCUGCGUCACAUGCACAUGUUGUCCUGUGUGCAAGAACAACAUCAGGAGUUGGACAACAUCACUUCCACCAAGGCUAGUUCUGCUUCAUCAUCUAGCACAACAAGAACAAGAACAAGCACACCCAAGAUAAUCCUGAUGUUCCAAGAGCGGACUGAAGGUAGAGUCACCAAAUUUGCGGAGAAGUUGAGACGUAUGGUUGCAGCUUCUACUUCCGGGUCCGCUGGAACCACCUCAGCCAGGGUGAACUUGAAGCAUAUUUGCGAGACCGAAAAUCGUCCCUGCUGGCUUCUUGAAGCUGAGAGGUUUUUAUAGUCAAAGUCAUUAUGUAAAGUGUGGUAAGUAAGUAGGUGAAGGUGAAGGUGAUGUAGGUUAACAUUGAUGAGUGUCGUCCUGUUGGUUGAUUGUACGUUUAAAAAAUGCAGCCUGCAAUUUACAGUAUGAUAAGUUGAAUGUCUUCAUCAUCCUCGUCAUCUACUCUCGUCAUCUUAGGUCCAUGAUUUUUGAUAUGCACGCAUGAUGUUACCAACCUACAGGAGCCGCUCCUCUGGUUAUACAACUUUUACUUGCAUUUUAAAUCUGUAUCUUUUGUAUAGCGAGUUUUGCACAGUCAAUGAUCUACUUAAACUUACUCAUCGAACGACAAUUGCAUGAACAAGAAGGUUUAUGCCGCUUCGCUUCAUCCAUGGACUAAGGGACACGGUCAUGGUACUAGAUGUGAAUACUAGCAUGGUGAAAAAAAACAUCAGCCGCAUCAAUAUAAAUCCAACAUCAGCACUACUUGAUAGUUUAUUGGACAAGCCUAACGACGCUAACAGGAAAUAACUGAAAUGCUCUUGCUCACACAACUUCCCAUUUCCGCCUUUGCCACAGACGACACGAACCACUUGCAACUGCUCUCAAGAAAUACACUCUCAAGUGCAAUCUCCCUGAAUUGAAUUGAAUCUCAAGAAAUGCACUCUGCAAACUGCUCAAGUGCAAUCUCAAAAAGUGCAAUCUCGAGAAGCAUGAGAUGAACUGCAAAGAAGAAGAAAAAGGGAGUGGAGAAGAGAGGCAAAUGCAACAACAAGAACUAC